ACUUUCUUAAUUUUUAGGUCAUUUUCCAUCGUAAGUAACAAUUUCGUAAAUUUUAGGUAACAAAAGAGCCUCUAGAUGUCUUCAAGUAAUUAAAUGUUGUAGAGGCCAAAAUACAAAUUUAAUACAUGGGGCCCCACGAAAAUGCCCAAUCAAUUCCCUCACUUUUCACAAAAUAACUAAUUCUCAUACUCUCUUUAUAUAUACACCCCUCCUCUAGUCUAGCUUCCAUCCCUUAAAAUUGUUUUGCUCCCUGCUAGUUACUACACCCAGCUAGUUAAAAGGAGAAAUGGCAUUUCAUCUCUCCUUGCUUUUCCUCAUUACUCUUCUUUCUCCCAUUUUCAUCCACUCUUCUCAUGUCCAAGAUCCUGAACUUAUAGCACAGGAAGUUCAACGGCAAAUAAGGAAUGCUACUACUAGGAGAAAAUUAGGAUACCUCUCAUGUGGGACAGGAAAUCCAAUCGAUGACUGUUGGCGGUGCGAUCACAAGUGGAUUCAAAACCGCCAACGGUUAGCGGACUGCGCGAUCGGGUUCGGAAAGGGUGCACUAGGGGGCAAAAAUGGGAAAAUCUACGUGGUAACGGACAAUGGGGAUGACGCAGUGAACCCGAAACUAGGAACCCUACGGUGGGGAGUCAUCCAAGAAGAACCAUUAUGGAUCAUAUUUCAACGUGACAUGGUGAUUAAACUAAAACAAGAACUGAUGAUGAAUUCUUUCAAGACAAUCGACGGUAGAGGAGCUAACGUCCACAUUGCAGGUGGGCCAUGCAUAACAGUACAGUAUGUUACAAACAUUAUAAUUCAUGGAAUAAAUAUACAUGAUUGUAAACGAGGAGGAAAUACUAUGGUGCGGGACUCCCCAUCGCAUUAUGGGUGGAGAACAAUAUCAGAUGGUGAUGGGAUCUCAAUCUUUGGUGGUAGUCAUGUUUGGAUUGAUCAUUGUUCACUCUCAAGUUGUACGGAUGGGUUAAUUGAUGCUAUUCAUGGGUCAACUGCUAUUACCAUUUCUAACAAUUACUUGACCCAUCAUAAUAAGGUUAUGUUAAUGGGUCAUAGUGAUUCUUUUACUAGGGAUAAAAAUAUGCAAGUUACUAUUGCUUUCAAUCAUUUUGGUGAAGGAUUAGUCCAAAGAAUGCCAAGGUGUAGACAUGGAUAUUUUCAUGUGGUGAACAAUGACUAUACACACUGGGAAAUGUAUGCAAUUGGAGGAAGUGCAGCUCCUACAAUAAACAGUCAAGGCAACAGAUUCCUUGCUCCUAAUGACCCAAAUAACAAAGAGGUAACGAAACGAGAGGAAUGGCCGCAAAGUGAAUGGAAGAAAUGGAAUUGGAGAUCGCAAGGAGAUUUAUUACUAAAUGGAGCAUUUUUCACAGCUUCAGGGGCAGGAUCUUCUUCAAGCUACGCAAGGGCAUCUAGUUUAAGUGCAAGACCUUCUUCUUUUGUAGCAUCAAUUACAAUGUCAGCUGGUGUUCUUAAUUGCAAGAAAGGCUCUCACUGUUAGAUCAACCUACCAUUAUAUUUUACUUUUACUCUCCAAAUUGUAUUUACCCUAAAAGGAGAGUAGAUAAAAUUAUUGAUUUUAUCCUUUCUAUAAAUUUACCCCCACCCCAACUUUUACGUCUGUUGAUUUGUAGUUACACAACCUAAGCCUGCUUCUAGUAAAAAAAAAAAUUGGAGCAAGAGAAUUGGUUGUUUAUAGUUUAUUCAUAUAUAUUAUCCUCAGUUUCUUUUUAAUAACACUACUUCUCCCAA